AUGAAUUCUGGGCAUUUAAAGUGGGGGUCUGUGGAUGUUUUGCUGGAGUUUCUAGAAGUGGCCAUUCACACUGCGGUUUAUUUGAGGCAACUCUAUCCAGAGUCGAUUUUCGUCGCCAGAAAGAAGUACGGAGUGGCCGUAUUCCAGGCUGUUCAUCCAGAAGUCGCCAAGUACAUCCAGGAGUGUUUGAAAGCGGCAGGUUUUCAUGCCAGCAAAAAGCAGCUUAAACGGCUGUUGGUCUGCUUUGAGGCUGAUGAUAUUGUGGCCGAUCGGUUUGUGGUUGAUGUGCUUGCGAUUGCUGAAUCUUGCCACAGUGAUGUUUUUCUAGUGGAGCUAGAAAGUUGCUUCCGCACUUUCCUGCUCAAACUCCACUCGGCGCAGCUUUACUUGGAGAAAAUCGCGUCCCCGAAUGCCACUUUCAGCAUUCGGUUGGAAACCGGCAACCUUUCCAGCCUGGAGUUUAACGCCAGCCCAUCUUUUGAGGUGUCUAUUUAA